UAUUAUGAAAUGUCAACAACAGUUUCUUUUCUAUAGUGAUAGCAACGGGACGUGCCAUGUUAUUCGAUGUUAAAAAAAAAAUUUAAAGCGCGUGAACAUUACGAUUUAUAUAUUAAUAAAUUGUUAACAACUGUUAUAUUCUAAUAAAAUUGAUUUCACUUGAUCUAUUAGGUGUUAACUAAUUAAAUGAACACUAAUAUGGUGAAUAUUAAGUGUGAAAAAGAGUUUGGCGAAGGUCAAACUACCGCUCUUACAGUAGAUUUAUUGGUUGCUAAUAAAGCAACUCCAAAGAAAAACUCAGUGGUAGUGGACGUUAUAGAUUUACUCAGUGAUGAUGAAGAUAUUGAAGGGGAUAACAAAAAUAUUACACCAAAAAAAGAAUUAAGUAAAAAAGACCUUGAAUAUGGUACUGAAUAUUUCGCAGAGACCGUUUUACCAAAAGAAACUUUAGAAGCAGAAGAAGAAGAAUUUAGAAGCAAUACUAGCAGUCCAUUGCUUUUUCUUGAAGUUCCAGACUGCGACAGUGCAGGAAACAUAGUGAACGGAUUCGUAUCGGUCGGAGAUGAAGACACUAUGCCUUUUCUAGAAACCGACAAUGCAGUCACUAAUAAUAAUAUAAUUAUACACACACCUAUUAAAGUGGAGGUUUUAGAUGAAUUGAAAACCGAACCUAAAAAAACUAUAUCUUUUCUAGAAACCGACAAUGCAGUCACUAAUAAUAAUAUUAUUAUACACACACCUAUCAAAGUGGAGGUUUUAGAUGAAGUAAAAACCGAACCAAUGGAUCUUUCAACACAAAAUUCCGCAAGAGAUUUCAAUGCAAUUGAAUUAUGUGUAGAUGAUAUCAUUGACUUAGAUGAUAACUCUGAUGAAGAAGUGGAUCAGGACACGAAAGCUACCAUUGUUAAUUUAAUUGUGUCAGAUGAUGAAGCUAACAUGGAUUCUAAUGCAUUGAAUUGUAAUGAUUCCAAGCAUACUCUUUGCCAUUACAUGUGCCCCGAAUGUGAUGCUUUUUGUGGUUCUUUGCAGAAAUGGAAAGCACAUACAGAUAUGAUACAUAAAUUUAAAGAUAUUGAGAAACUUAACCUGCGUACAAUUAUCAGCAAAGAGGGCGAUUUACGACAUCAGUGUACAGAGUGUAAUAAAAAGUUUAAAGUACGAGGAGUAUUAAAAAAGUUUAUAACUCAUCGCAUUUCGCACCUAAAAUAUAAAAACUAUUUGAAAUGUCGUCUGUGCCCAUUGCGUUUCACAAACGCACGGGGUUUAAAUGGGCAUUUGAAAAAAAAUCAUGAAAAAAUCUUUAAGUACUACCAAAAGCUAACUGAAACCAAUUCCUUUCUAAAUUUCUUAUGCCCCGUGUGUAGGAAAUUGUUUAACACUCGAUCAACUAUGAUAAAUCAUCUCAAUGUAACGCAUGAUUAUAAAAAUGUGAGAUAUAAGGAAUUGUAUAUGACUGGUGAGAAUAACGUUAACGUCUGUAAGCUUUGUAAAAUGGAUAUUUCAAAUAAAUCCCUUCUAAAUCAUACUUUGAUGCAUGAACAACAACACGCUUUUCAGUGCAAAAUAUGCAACGAAUUCACAGAAAAAAGCUCUAAUGCUUGCUUGCAACAUGUCAGUAAGAUUCAUAAGGUGGUUCUACAAAGGUCUAGCAAAUGUCCUUAUUGUGAUAAAGUCUAUAGGAACUCAAGCAUGGUGUGGGAGCAUUUGCAAGAAACUCAUGGCGCCACAACAGUCGAAUGCAAAAUCUGUAAAAAAACAUUCAGAUCUUCAGAACAAUUAUGGUUACAUAUACAAAGACUAAAUCAUUUGAAACUGAAAUAAGCAGAUUCCUCUGCAAUUAAUAGCAUUCUUUGAACUAUUAAAUAAAAUUUGAAAUUAAAUUUGAGAUAAAACAUAUUUGAACACAAAUAUGAAUACUUC